AUGUUGCUGCUUGCAGAAGUAGUGCUAAUUGCUGUUUUCUCAAGAGCUGAAAAGCCUGUUUGUCAGCAAUAUGGAACACAAGAACUGCUUCAGUUCUCCAAAGAAGGUGACAUCACAAUAGGAGGAAUUUUUUCAUUCCAUAAAAAUCCCAUUCUUGUUAAACCAACAUUUAAAGUCAACCCAGGACACAUCCAGUGUGAAGGAUUAAAUCCUGGAGAAUUACAAUAUGCACAAACAAUGAUCUUUGCUAUUGAAGAAAUCAACAACAGAUCAGACAUGCUUCCUGCUGUUUCCCUGGGCUAUAAGAUAUAUGAGGCUUGUCGUUCAAUACCAUUGUCUAUAAAAGCAUCAUUAGAUUUAAUGAACGGGCAGGAAAAAGGAUUUAUCACAGACCAGUCCUGCACCAAAUCAUCUUCAGUCCAUGCCAUCAUAGGACAGUCCAGUUCGACUCUUACAAUAGGAAUUGCAGCAACUGUUGGACCUUUUCACAUACCUGUGGUGUUGCAUUACCUGACAAACGUUAACUUCACCACCAGGGAUGGAGAGAAGAUCUAUUUUGAUAAAAAUGGGGAUCCAGCAGCUCGGUACACACUAAUAAACUGGCAGCCUAAUAGGGAAGGAAUUACAAUCUUUCAGACUAUUGGUCUAUAUGAUGGCUCUUUACCAGAAGGACAGCAGUUUAUAAUGAAUGACAUCAGGCCUGUGUGGACAGGUGAUCAAAAUAAGGUGCCAAGAUCGGUCUGCAGUGAGAGUUGCCUUCCAGGGACUCGUAAGGCCAUUGAGAAAGGGAAGCCAGUCUGCUGCUUCGUCUGCAUCCCCUGUGCAGAGGGGGAGUUCAGUAAUGUAACAGGGGACAACCUUGCUGAAUGCCAGCUUCUUCAAACCUGCGAUCAACCUCACAGCAUAUGCGACAGGAGAGCACUCUUGUGCUUCCUCUGUGUGUCCUGCCAGCUCUCCUGUCUGACACUCUGGAGGCAGGCAGGUGAAUCCUAUUUCUAAUACUGCUGUAAGA